UGACUUGCGGCUGCUUGGCGUAGAAUUAGAGUUAGGCAAGGGGAGAUUAAGAGGCUGGUUGCAUUUUACCAGCUAUUUACUCCAGCUAUUUACUUCCUUUGUGAAUCAGAGAUUGGUGUCAUGAAGAUACGUUCAGUUGCGGAAGUUGAGCCUGACCUAGAAUAUAAAUUGCAGUAUACCCCUGAUCUAAGAUGUGAGAAGGAAACAGACUUGGUUCCGGUUUGCUAUCGCUGCAAAUCCUGCAUCUUGUCCUGGAAGAUUUUUUCCACCCGAGAAUGGUUUGUUCGUGCCAGCCAAGCAACUCAGAGGACGUUCGUGAUGGGGAUCAUCAACCGAUUCCAAAGCCACGACCUCCUGAAAUACUCCUGGAACCUCCUACAGGCUAUCGAUACCAAGGAUUUUUCCUAUUCCCGUUCCUGCGUCAGCUCCACCUUCAGAGUCUCUUCUGCUCUGGAUCGGGCAAUGGAUCCACAGAAACUGGCGCAAUCCAUGGCGGAUCUUUGGAGAUGGUUCGGAGGCUCCUGUUUCUGGACCAAAGCAAACUACAUACUACUUUUGCUGCAAAUGUGCGACUCACAGUUGUUGCUGAUGGCUAGUACUCUGAUCCGCAUCCUCUUAGGUGAACAUGAGACUGCCAUGGAAAAAGAAGAAGAACAUGUAAGCUGGAGCAAAUCUGAAAUGCGUCCUCUCAUCCCUGUGAAAUCUGCUACACUUUCCCAAAUGGCUGAAAGCCAGUUACUUUCAAAAGCAAGCAGUGUGUUUGGUAAUGUCCGUGUACAAAAGAUUUGGUCCAAACUGUCAGAUAAUAUCUUCAAGAAAGCACUGUAUGAAUUGGAAAACGAGACUAACUAUUUUGCAGUGCUGACUUUGCACCCAACCACUCCACCUGCUUCUCCUCAGCAGUCCUCCAGCAAAUUCAGAGAUUUCAUCCGGUAUCUGCCUGUCCACUUAUCGAAAUCCAUUUUGA